UAGCUUGUUUUGGACAUUUGUUCAACGAUGCAACAUCAACAGCCUUGUCGGUUGUUUAUAUUUCCUACAUUACUGCGUUGUCCAAAUUUUUGUACUCAGUGCCGAUGGAAAUAUGUUCAAAAGUGUUCUUAUACUUCAUUGUUCAAGUCCAAAAGAACUCUAUGGGUUUCAACGAGAAGAUCGAGUCCAUUGGUAUGCUCCUUGAAAGAGUCACCAGACAAGGAAACCGAAGAACAGAAUAAGAAUGCAGCUACCCAGUUGAGUUUUAGACAAUUACUUGGUAUGAAGGGUGCCUCUUCGGAAGAUAAUAUUCCCAAGUGGAGGAUUCACCUUCAGUUGAUGAAGCCGGUUACCUGGAUCCCACUUAUUUGGGGAGUUAUUUGUGGUGCAGCGGCGUCAGGCAAUUUUGAAUGGAACUUGGACAAUAUUUCGAAAGCUGCUUUGUGUAUGUUAUUAUCAGGACCGUUAUUGACUGGAUAUACACAGACCCUGAAUGAUUAUUAUGAUAAGGAUAUCGAUGCCAUUAAUGAGCCCUAUAGACCUAUUCCAUCCGGUGCUAUAUCGGAACAAGCUGUGAAAGCACAGAUUAUUAUUCUUUUGAGUGGGGGUUUAGGACUAGCUUUUUCACUUGACAAGUUACAGGAGCACGAGUCACCAACGUUGUUUUUUGUGGCACUAUUGGGUUGUUUUUUGGCGUACAUUUAUUCUGCACCUCCACUCAAGUUGAAAAGAAGUGGUUGGAUUGGUAACUAUGCCUUGGGUGCUUCAUAUAUUUCGCUUCCUUGGUGGGCAGGACAGUCAUUGUUUGGAACGUUGGACUACAAAGUGAUGUUGUUGACCUUGUUGUAUUCCUUAGCAGGUUUAGGUAUAGCUGUGGUGAAUGACUUUAAGAGUGUGGAAGGUGAUAGGAAACUUGGCCUUCGUUCCAUUCCUGUGGAGUUUGGUAUUGAAGGUGCCAAGUGGAUAUCGGUUUUCUUGAUCGAUACUUUUCAAGCGUUGAUUGCCGCUGUUUUAUUUUCCAUUCACGAAACACCAUAUGCUUGUGGAGUAGUGGCUUGUAUCUUGCCACAAGUCUAUUUUCAGUUUCGGUUAUUCUUAAAGGAUCCUUUAAAAUAUGAUGUCCAAUAUCAGGCUUCGGCACAACCUUUUUUAGUAGUAGGUAUUUUACUCACGGCACUAGCUAUUGGCAAUCAUCACGGAAUAUUGUAAUGAAAUAAAGAUAUCCAAACAUUUUAUGAUAGAAUAAGAAGAAAGAAAGAAAGAAAGAGAGAGAGAGAGAG